GUUUUGAAUGCGGAAACUGUCAUUGGGCCAUCAAAGCACAUGUUCCGGUGACCUCCUCAUCCCGGCUCACCCGGCUGCAGACUACAUAGUACCCCCGCAUCUCCUUCAAAAACCGACAGCACCUCGUCGACACCCCAUCACAUCCCCGAGCCCACCUUCACCAUCCUCUCCGACGCUCAACAAUGCCCACCAAUGCACUCACACCGUCAGAGGUGAUCUACACCUCCCCGUACAAAUCAGUGCACCUUCCCCGCCGCUCCAUCUUCACCCAUAUGCUCGGCGCCUCCGCUGUCCCAGGCAUCAUCGGCGGCUUCCCCGCGCACUACCCCGCCUUCAUCGACGCUGUCUCCGGCGCGUCCCUCUCGCGCGUGCAGCUCCGUACUCUGUGUCUGCAGCUCGCACACUCCCUGCUCAACCCGCCGGCUGCGCUCGCGCCGCUCCAUGGCCGCCCGGUGCCCACCCCGCCGACGGUGCUCAUCUUCUCGCCCAACAGCCUCGCGUGGCCCGUGAUGCUCCUCGGCGCAGUUGCAGCAGGGUACCGCGCGACACUUGCGAACAGCGCGUACACGUCAACCGAGCUCGCGCACCAAUAUACGGACUCGCAGGCGCAUUUGAUCCUGGCGUACCCGCCCCUUGUGCCUGUCGUGCGCAAGAUGCUGAAAUCACUGGGUAUCGACGGGGCGGAGAUCAACAGGAGGAUCGUCGUAGCUGAUACGACGUGGCUCACGGGCGCACCGGAGCUCGAGCCGGGCAAGCCGGCGGCUCUGAAGGGGCUCACGCGGCUCAGCGAGCUGAUUGGACGGGGCGAGCUCGUGCAGGAGGUCGCGUUCCCUGGUGCGUUGGCGGACAGCACAGUGUACCUCUGCUACUCCUCCGGCACAACCGGCAAGCCAAAGGGUGUCGAGACGACGCACUUCAACAUUACAUCCCUUCUCGAGAUUUUGCGGCCCGCGUUCCCUCCACUGAAGAUCGGUCCGGAACGAGGCGCCAAGGGAGAGGUGGUGAAGGCGUACCAGGACGCGCUGUUCGGUGUGCUACCGUUUUAUCAUAUCUACGGUGCGAUCAAGCUGUUGCAGUAUCCGCUUUCAAGGGGUGUCCCAAGCGUGAUCUUGGCCAAGUUCGACCCGGAGAGAUUCUGUUGGGCCGUGCAGAAGUAUAGGCCGACGAUUGCGCUCAUCGUCCCUCCGAUUCUGGUCGUGUUUGCAAAGCAUCCUGCGGUGGAGAAGUACGACAUGUCAUCGCUCGAGACCAUGUUCUCGGGUGCAGCUCCACUCGGGGCGGACCUCGUCUCUGCCGUCCGCAAGCGGUUCCUCGAGCACGGAAACACCGUUGUCAUCACGCAGGGAUACGGCCUAACAGAGACCUCACCCACCACGCUCCUCCUCCCCAAAGAGUACGCUCUCGAGCACGUCGGCACCACCGGUUUUCUCUUACCCAACCUCGAGGCACGCCUCGUCAGCGAGGAGAACGGCGAGAAAACAACCGACAUCCCAGGGGCGGGCGAACUCUGGAUACGCGGGCCCACAGUGAUGAAGGGGUACCUGAACAACGCUUCCGCGACGGAAAACUCGAUCACGCCCGACGGGUGGUUCAAGACGGGUGAUGUUGCCGUGCGCGAUAAGGAUGGGUAUUAUACGAUUGUGGACAGGCGGAAGGAGCUGAUCAAGUACAAGGGCUUCCAAGUGCCGCCGGCAGAACUGGAGAGCGUGCUCUUGCAACACCCGCAGAUCGCUGAUGCGGCAGUGAUCGGCGUAGAGAGCAAGGAAGAGGCAACAGAGUUACCCAGAGCAUACGUCGUGAAAGCCGCCCCCGACGAUUCCCUCACGCCCGCGGCGGUGCAGGAGUUCGUCGCAGGGCGCGUGGCGCAGCACAAGAAGCUGCGUGGCGGUGUUGUUUUUGUGGACGUGAUACCCAAGAGCGCGGCGGGCAAGAUCCUGCGGAGGGAGCUGCGCGAGCGCGCGAAGACGGAGGUGGUUGAGGGUAGGGUCGUCAGGGCGAAGCUUUAGUCGUCCUGGCCCUGGUCUGCUGGGAGGUGGGGGUAUCUAUAUACAUUUAGAGCGACUCGUAUGUGAGUAACGCUUAUAGCUUAUUUUUUAUUUGCGGUAGAUUGCUUUGUUGUAGAGUUUUACUGUCAACCCAAAGCAUCGAACGGCCUUGUUACUUUU